AUGGCUACCAAACCAAAGAAAAAUUUGGCCAUAAGGAUCAUCACAACACCUUAUCGUAUGAUGUCAAAAGCAAAAGAUUUCUAUAUCAAAAGUAUCAUAAACUGCUCUAAUCACACAACCUACGGCCGGGCAGGAGUUAUGACAGGGAUGCCAAGAAGCUUUAGUACAACCUCGUAUGCGUCGACAGAUAGCGCAGCCGAGGAUCUAAGAGAGCUCAUAAGGGCGAAUUCGACGUCUAGAAUGGGAGAUCUUAACUUAAGUAGGGCCGAGCUUGAGUUGUACGUAAAACAACAAUUGAUGCGAGCUAGAAGUGCGAGUGUUGGCAUGGGAAGGAUUGAUGAAGACGCACCGAUUUCGGAUGUUGAUGGAAAGAUGAAGAUAGAUGGAUUGAGAAGCAAGUCUUAUGCAGGAACAACGAAAACAAAUCUGAACACAUUUUCCAAAAGUUGA